AUGAUGGGAAACCAAACAUCAGCGAUAGAGUUCAUUCUUCUUGGGUUGACAAAUGACGCCAAGCUUCAGGCUGUGCUUUUCCUUUUUCUGCUGCUAACUUAUGUCUUGAGCAUCAUGGGAAAUCUGACGAUCAUCUUUCUGACCCUGCUGGAUUAUCGCCUCCAGACUCCCAUGUAUUUCUUCCUCCGGAAUUUUUUCAUUUUGGAAAUAUCUUUUACCUCAGUCUUUGUUCCCAAAAUGCUAGUCAAUAUUGGAACUGGAGACAAGACUAUCUCCUUUGCUGGUUGUUUCACUCAGUACUUCUUUGCCAUCCUUCUGGGAGCAACUGACUUUUACCUCUUAGCUGCCAUGUCUUAUGACCGGUAUAUUGCCCUUUGCAAACCCCUACAUUAUACAACUAUCAUGAGCAGGAGACUCUGCAUUCAACUUGUCCUGUGUUCCUGGUUCUCUGGUUUUUUAGUUGUCACUGUGCCACAUAUACUGACUCUCCAGCUGCCUUUCUGCGCGUCCAACAUCAUCAAUCAUUAUUGCUGUGACUAUACUGUACUGUUGCAUUUGUCCUGUUCAGACACACAUUUCAUAGAAGUGAUGGAGUUUGUCCUUGCUGUGGUUACCCUUAUCUUCACACUGGUGCUAGUGAUUCUUUCAUACACAUACAUUAUCAGGACAAUACUAAGAAUCCCCUUUGUUCAGCAAAGAAAAAAGGCUUUUUCUACAUGUUCCUCUCACAUGACUGUGGUCUUACUUUCUUAUGGAAGCUGUAUUUUUAUGUACGUAAAUCCCUCUGUUAAGGAUGCAGCAACUUUUAAUAAAGGAGUGGCUGUUUUAAAUACCUCAGUUGCUCCUUUAUUGAACCCUUUCAUCUAUACCUUAAGGAACAAGCAAGUAAAAAUAGCCUUCAAAGAUAUGGUCAGUAAGAUAACAAUUUUUUCAAGAAAGUGA